AUGGCCAUACCUGUCGCGCGCGGGCACCUCGCCAUGGCGCACGCGGCUCUUCCCGGGCUGCUCCCGACCCCGCCCAAGUGCACGAUGCUGCCGCUGCUCCCGGCGCCGCCGUGCGCCGUCAUCCUCCCUAACAAUUCGCCUGCCAGUGCCAGGCCCAGCCGCGCCGACGCCGCGGGGGGGUGGGACGCGCACAAGACCAAACCAGCCGGCAGCCCGGCGUCGUUGUCGUCGUCGUCGUCGUCCUCAGGUGGCCGCGCGAGCAGCUACAUGAUCAGCCGCGCGGACUCCGAUGAGAGGUGGGACGCGCACAAGAAGCCUGCGAGCCCAGCAUCAUCGUCGACGGCGUCGUCGUCCUCGGCGAUCAGCAACAAGACGAAGACCCGCUGGCCGACGAGCUCGACGACGGCGAGAGCAGCACCGGGGAGCAACGACGUGGAGUCGUCGUUUAUGCCACGGCAUCUGCCGCCGCCGCGGUCAUUCUACGCUGGACCGGGCUUCAUCACCUCGCCGGAGUCGAGCAUGCUUCCCAAACCAUCGUUCAUGAUCCGUGUUGCCUAG